CGCAGCGCAUCCCCUCCUCGCGCUCCUCCCCGCCGCGUGGCUCUCCCCUUCGGUGGCAGCUUCGGCCGCGCCUUUGCCUCCCUGCUCUCCUCCCUCCUUCUCUGCCUCGCCUGGCGGGGUCAUGGCUGCUCCCGAUGCCGGUCGGCACGCGCAAAAUGAUGGCUGUCGAACUUUGUCCUUGUCUGCACAUGUUGGGUUUGAUAGCUUACCUGACCAACUGGUUAGGAAAUCCAUCAAGCAUGGCUUCUGCUUCAACGUUCUUUGCAUUGGGGAAACUGGAAUUGGGAAAUCAGCCUUGAUGAGCAGUUUGUUUAACACCAAUUUUGAGGAUGCUCCAUCAACACAUUUUCUGUCAAGUGUACAACUUAGAGCCCAGACUUGUGAACUCCAGGAAAGUAAUGUUCUUUUGAAGCUGACCAUUGUAAAAACAGUGGGAUUUGGUGACCAGAUGAACAAAGCAGAUAGCUAUCAGCCUAUAGUGGAUUAUAUAGAUGCACAGUUUGAAGCCUAUCUCAAGGAGGAACUGAAAGUUAUACGUUCUUUAUUUAGCUACCAUGAUACUCGCAUCCAUGUCUGCCUCUAUUUCAUUUCACCUACAGGCCGUUGCCUAAAAACCAUAGAUUUGUUAACUAUGAGAAGCCUAGACAGUAAGGUGAACAUUAUACCAGUUAUAGGCAAAGCAGACAGCAUUUCUAAAGCUGAGCUAGAGGAGUUCAAGAAGAAAAUAAUGAGUGAAUUAAUUAGUAAUGGCAUCCAGAUAUACCAGUUUCCUACUGAUGAUGAGACUGUUUCUGAAAUUAAUACCAUCAUAAAUGGUCAUUUGCCAUUUGCUGUGGUAGGAAGUAUGGAAAAGGUGAAAAUUGGAAACAAAAUGGUGAGAGCUCGUCAAUACCCUUGGGGCAUUGUAAAAGUGGAAAAUGAGAGCCACUGUGACACUGUAAAGCUUCGCAGGAUGCUUUGCACCAAUAUGGAAGACUUAAGAGAGAAGACUUGUGCAUAUUAUGAGUUGUACAGACGCUGCAGACUGGAAAAGUUGGGUUGCAGAGACAUUGGCCCUGAGAACAAGCCAAUCAGUCUGCAGGAAGUCAUUGAGGCAAAGAGGCUCAAGUUCUUCCUUGAAAUGGAAAGAAAAGAAGAGGAGAUUAAGCAACGAUUUGUGCAGAGAGUGAACGAGAAAGCAGCAAUGUUGGAAGAGGCAGAGCAACAGGUACUGACUAAAUCUGAACAUCUUGCGCUAAUACAUCAAGAAGAGGAGCUGAAAUUAGGGGAAAAGAAAAAACUUCUGGAAGAUGAAAUAGCUCAGUUUAUGGAGAUGAAAGCUAUCACUGAAUUGAUUCAGUCAAAAGUGUCUGUCUCUACCCCUGUUGUUAGUUUGAAGACACAAGGACUGCAAAAAAAACAAGAUUUUCAACUUGAAGUCCAAUGCUUUCAUGUCAGAGAUGAAGGAACUAUGAAUAUUGGAGAACAGAGGGAGAGUGAGAAGGAGGAGUUAGAGAGAGAAAUUCACCCAGGGACUUCCAGGCAUAGUAUUUGAUUGCAGCACUGAGGUUUUGAAUGUAGGAUAUGUUAGUAGUUUUAUGAAGAGGUCCAACUGCUGUUGUCCCAUAUUAGAUGUGUCUUCCUAGUACAGAUUUUUGAGAGAUGAGAUUGAUAAAAUUGGCUGUAAAAAUACACUAAGUGCAGAAUAUAACCCAAUAAAGAUUCCACUUUUUUCCCACCCAAUCACUGCUUUCUUUCACCACUCUCAAAAGAAAAACUUGAAUAAUGUGAAAAUUCAGAAAUACAUUCAAAAAUAGUCUCCAGAAUAACAUGCCCAACUGAUUCAUAUAAAAAACAUUGAAUUAAAUACUCAUAUAUUAAAUUGACUUAAAUGUUUUUCUCCUCCAAAACCAGAAGUCAAUUAACUUGCUCAUUUUCUUUCCUGAUAGCUUACAAAUUUGCUGCAGGUAACAUUUUGUUAAUUAAUUAUUUCCUGCAGUUGAAAAUGGAUUUCUUGGUUCUGAAUUUAUUUAUAACUGCCAGAUUCUGAAGAACUCCAGAAGCCAGAUUGGUGCAUGUAUUUCCACGGAUACCAUCAAGCUUUGACAUUUUUGGGGUGUAUGCUAGAAGCCUAAUUUUGCCAAAAUUUAUUGCAUUUCAGCUAAUGUUACCAAAUUCCUUUUCCUUGAUUCCUUUUUUCCUGGAUUUACAUAUGAAAGUAGAAUUCUUGGUAACAGAAGUCAUUAUCAUUACUAUUACUAUCAUCACUACUAUGAGUAACUGUCAACUUCAGAAAAUUUUUAGAUUUAUUUCUUCUGGUUUAGUUUCAUUUUUUCAGAAUAUGUUAAGUUUAUAUACUUGCUGUGGUUUUUCAGUUCCAGCUUUAUGUAACACUGAUGACAGAAGACACAAUAUUGAUAAUUUCUCUUGAGGAAGCAAUGAUUCAUGGUGUGCUUUUGAAGGUAUAGGAGUUGCAAUUUCUUACUAAAAUGUUUGGCAAAUAUCUCUUACUGCUACAAAAGAAUAAUUUUUAAGAACGAUCUGUACACACAGGUGUGGUGAUUACUGUCAUUGUCAUUACAGGCUUUCUGUUACAGCUCUGCCUUGAUACAUGUUUGCCUUACAUAAGUGUGGUCAGCUUGCUUUAAUUUUAAAUGAAUUGUGUCAAAGAAGGUGUCCCUGCCAUAAACAGUUUGAUUCAGACUAUGAAUGAUGUAGUGCAAAAGUAUUCAGUGAAUAUAUUCACUACAAGCUUCCUAAAGAGUUAUUUUCAAAUGGUAUUGUUUAUUAGUCCACUAAGUGUUGUUUAAUACAACUGUUAACAUAUUUGAACCAUUUACUGAUUUUGCUGACAGAUUUUUGUUUAUAGGCUUUUAUGUACAAGCAGUAUUCUAAUUUUCAGAUACAGUCUUUCCAAUCAAAAUUUACUGAGAUAUUUUUGUAAUGCUGUACUUUUGCAGGAUAGUUUAUCUGCUGUUACUAACUCAGUAUGGAAAGUACCUGUAUUUGAUGUUUGUGAGUGUGGUAUUCAGUUACAGUUGAAGAUUUACAAAAACAACUAACUGUGAAAGCUUCAGGUUGGUUAAAACAAGUUCUGAGUGCUUUAUAUGUUUUUAGUAGCCAUGAUAAAUAAUGGGAAACUGUAAGAGGUACAGUUCUCUGGAGUUGUAUUGUGUGACUGUUUAAAAAUGAAAUACUAACUUGACAGAAAUAAAAUAGAUUGGUUUUGCUUAA